UAAAAAAAACGGUAAAAUAACCAAACUCACAAAUCACAAACAUGUGUGUAAAGUGUAAACCUCCAUGGUCAAUGAAACUUCAAUUUACAACCCUAAUCGUGAUUCGUGAGGUUUCAAACCAUAACAAUAAUUUACAAAAAUGACUGGUCUCAAUUCACGCGUCGACAAACUAGUAAAUUAUUUUAAAUCUCACAAUAAAAUACGAGAACAAACACCGCAUUCAGCAAAAGUACAUAGCGUUGGUUGGAGUUGUGAUGGAAAAUACUUGGCGUCAGGUUCAUUCGACAAAUGUGUCAGCAUUUUUUCUUUAAGUGGAGAUCGUUUGAAACAAGAAGCAUUGUUUUGUGGCCAUGGAGGUAGUGUUGACCAGCUCUGUUGGCAUGCUUCAAACCCUGAUCUUCUAUCAACAGCUAGUGGUGACAAAACAGUGAGAAUAUGGGAUACUAGAACACAAAAAUGUACAGCAAAUAUUGGUACCAGAGGUGAAAAUAUAAAUAUAUCAUGGUCACCAAAUGGUAACACAAUUGCUGUUGGAAAUAAAGAAGAUCUUGUUUCAUUUAUCGAUGUGAGAACUAUGAAAAUAUGUGCUGAAGAACAGUAUGGUUUCGAAGUGAAUGAAAUAUCCUGGUAUAAAGAUUCAGAGACAUUCUAUUUAACAAAUGGACAAGGAUGUGUUCACAUACUAAGUUAUCCUGAUUUAAAAACACUUCAUGUAAUCAAAGCACAUCCAAAUACCUGUAUUUGUAUUGAAUUUGAUCCAACUGGUAGAUAUUUUGCUACUGGCUCAGCUGAUGCUCUUGUUUCUCUCUGGGAUGCUGAUGAGUUAUGUUGUUUACGAACAUUUUCCCGUCUUGAAUGGCCAGUCAGAACUAUUUCAUUUUCAUAUGAUGGACAAUUACUUGCCGCUGCCUCGGAGGAUCUUGUUAUUGACAUUGGAGAAGUUGAAACCGGUGAAAAAAUAGCUGAUAUACCAGUUGAAGCAGCAACUUUCACUGUUGCCUGGCAUCCAAAACAAUAUCUCCUUGCUUAUGCUUGUGAUGACAAAGACACUUACGACAGAAAACGUGAUGCUGGAAGUCUCAAAGUUUGGGGCUUUUCUAAUGACAGCUGAUCGUUUUUUUUUAAUGUUAAUAUAUUUGGUAAUAAAAAAUUUUUAUUUUUA